AUGUCGGAGAGAAAUUCUCAAAAGAAUGACUCGGCUAAUUCAGGGUCUGAUGGUCCGGAAACGGCACAGUCAUCUUCCGAGUACAACUCAUCGACUUUAAAAGUUCCGGAUAAUUUCAAUAGGAUUAAUGAUCUUUUCACCGCAAAACCACCGGAUUUCAAACUGCGGGUGCAGACCAUGCUAUACAAUAAAGGACUCCAUUCCCGACCAAAAUACUUGAAUGACAUAUAUCAAACAAUUCCUCGUACGGUAUAUGUCAACCAAGAGCUCCCAGAUGCCAUGAAAGAUGUGCAUGGUCACCCACGCCUCACCUACCCAAGAAACAAAAUCAGAACUACAAAGUAUACCCCCAUCACAUUUUUGCCCAAGAAUAUAAUAUUUCAGUUCACCAACGUUGCAAAUACGUAUUUCCUUGUGAUGAUUAUUCUUAGUGCAUUUCAGAUCUUUGGUGUGCAAUCACCCGGUUUACAGGCCGUGCCGUUGGUGGUGAUUGUAGUUAUCACUGCCAUCAGAGAUGCCUACGAAGAUUACAGCCGGGGGUCUAGUGACAAUGAACUCAACAAUUCGCCGAUUCAUUUACUCGUGGGGCUUGACAAUCCUAAUGUGGAGACAGACUACGUUGAUCCCUGGAGACGCUUCAAAAAGGCAAGUACAAGAGUGACUCGACGUAUCGGCAAGGCAAUCGCACGAGGACUUAUUAUGACAUUUGGUAAGAAAAAGAAGAAGCAAGAGGUGAUCAGGAAGGAAAAUGCAGAGAAAGAAUUAGAGCUAAGAAGAGUUUCUACAGUUAUUUCUGAUACUUCUGAUUUUGGGGAGCGGCCACGCAUGUCAACUACUGAUCGCUCUCACCGUCCGUUUAGAAAAUCGCAUCAGAGCCAACGUCACAUUAGUCAACCGGUACCACAUACAAUCACUAAUCCAAAACUCCAACAAGAGCACUCCGAGAAGGGAGCUAAAAACCCAAAGUUCAAGAAUAGAUCGUGGAAAGAUGUCAGUGUCGGCGACUUCAUCCGAGUACGUUCGGACGAGGAAGUUCCAGCUGACAUUGUUAUAUUAGGCACUUCCGAUGCCGAGGGCAAUUGCUACAUCGAGACGAAAAACUUGGAUGGUGAAACCAAUUUAAAGACAAAAAAUUCUUUGGCUUGCGGCGGAUCCUUGUCUCAUGCUAACAGUUUAGGAUUUAGCAAGUUUUGGAUAGAGUGCGACGCACCAAAUCCCCACUUGUAUUCUUUCAAGGGAACACUUCACUAUGAAAAUUUUGACGAAAGUGGUCAUAUGGUUAAUCCUGACGAAAAAGAAGCUGUUACCAACAACAAUGUCUUACUUCGAGGCACCACCUUAAGAAAUACCGCAUGGGUCAUUGGGGUGGUAAUUUAUACUGGUUCGGAAACCAAAAUAAUGCUUAAUUCUGGCAUAACCCCUACAAAGGCUUCUAGAAUAUCCCGUGAGUUGAACUUGUCAGUUGUCAUUAAUUUCGUUAUAUUGUUCAUCUUGUGUUUUGUUUCAGGCCUUAUCAACGGUCUCUUUUACGACAAGGAGCAUGUUUCCCGAAUAUACUUUGACUUCAAGCCUUAUGGUUCCACACCAGCUGUCAAUGGUAUUCUUGCGUUCUUUGUUACAUUGAUCAUCUAUCAAUCGCUUGUUCCUAUUUCACUUUACAUAUCGGUUGAAAUCAUCAAAACAUUGCAGGCAUUCUUCAUCUUUGCUGACGUCAAGAUGUAUUAUGCAAAGCUCGAUUUUCCUUGCACUCCCAAAUCAUGGAAUAUAUCGGAUGACUUGGGACAAAUCGAGUACGUUUUCAGCGACAAGACUGGAACAUUGACUCAGAAUGUUAUGGAGUUCAAGAAGAUGACCAUUAAUGGAACGUCAUAUGGCCUUGCCUAUACUGAAGCACAACAGGGAAUUGAUAAACGAGAAGGCAAGGAUAUUGUUGCCGAAAACGAAAAAUGGAGACAAAUAAUUCAAAAGGAUAGAAGCGAGAUGAUUGAAAACCUUGUCAAUAAUAGUAAGAACAACCAGUUUCGAGAAGAAGCUCUCACUUUUGUAUCUAACGAUUACGUUAAAGACACUAUGAUGACCGAGGGCAACAGUGAGCAAAAAGCUGCGAACGAAACGUUCAUGUUAGCGUUAUCUCUCUGUCAUACGGUGGUGACCGUAGAGGACGAGUCAGAUCCUGAUUACAAGAUAUUCAAGGCGGAAUCCCCAGAUGAAGCUGCAUUGGUGUCUGUUUCCAGAGAUUUAGGAUUUGCUUUCCGUGAUCGGUUUCGCAAAAAGCUCAUUGUCGACAUAUAUGGGGAAGGUCAUGAAUUCGAACUUCUCGAAGUCAUACAAUUCACCUCUGCCCGUAAGAGAAUGUCUUGUAUAAUCAAAACUCCUGAGGGCAAGAUUAUAAUGGUGACCAAGGGAGCUGAUAAUGUGAUUUUUCAACGAUUGGUGAAAGACACUGAUCCUCAAGUUUUACAGAAAACUGCUUUGCAUUUGGAAGAUUUUGCCAAAGAGGGAUUGCGUACUUUGGUUAUCGCUCAAAAGGAACUUGAUCCCUCGUAUUAUUCCAACUGGGUUGCUCGCUACAAGGAAGCCCUUUCUUCGAUCGAUGACUCAAGGGAAGAGUUUAUUUCAGAAUUGGAAGACGAAAUAGAGCAGGGAUUGUACUUGCUUGGUGGUACUGCCAUUGAGGAUAGAUUACAAGACGGUGUUCCUGAUUCUAUCGCCUUAUUGGGUCAAGCAGGUAUUAAGCUUUGGGUCCUUACUGGCGACAGAAUAGAAACGGCCAUCAAUAUUGGAUUUUCGUGCAAUCUUCUCGGUAACCAGAUGCAAUUGUUAGUGGUGAGACCCGACCCUGAGAAAGAAUAUAAUGUCAAACAUCUUGAUAAUUUGCUCACGCAAUAUCUUCAAGACAGCUUUGGAAUGCUAAGGGAUAGUUCUAAAUCGGUUGAUGAUUUGAUCAAAGAAGAUAUCAAAGACCAUUCCGUACCUGAGGAUAGUGCUGCCUGCGUCAUUGAUGGAGCUGCAUUAACCAUUAUCUUUUCUGAUCUUAGUGAACAAAGUGAGGAGUUGCGUGACCUUCAAAAGAAGUUUCUUUUACUAGGCAAGCGCUGUAAAUCAGUUAUUUGCUGUCGUGUGUCUCCCUCGCAAAAGGCAGAGGUUGUAAAGAUGGUAAAACAACAACUCAGUGUGAUGACUCUUGCCAUUGGGGACGGAGCGAACGACGUUGCCAUGAUUCAAGCGGCGAAUAUUGGAGUGGGAAUUGCCGGAGAAGAAGGAAGACAAGCAGUUAUGUCAUCAGAUUAUGGACUUGGUCAAUUCCGAUUCUUAACAAGGUUAUUGCUAGUUCAUGGUCGUUGGUCUUAUAAAAGGUUAGCAGAGAUGGUGCCAUGUUUCUUUUACAAGAACGUGGUGUUCACGCUCACCUGUUUUUGGUAUGGAAUCUUCAACAACUUUGAUGGAUCAUACUUAUAUGAGUUUACUUUCUUGAUGUUUUUCAAUUUAGCCUUCACAUCGCUUCCCGUUAUUGUGUUGGCGGUCUUAGACCAAGACGUUUCUGAUACCAUUUCAUUGUUGGUUCCACAGCUUUACCGUACCGGUAUUUAUCGGUUGGAAUGGUCUCAGUUCAAAUUUGCAUGGUAUAUGAUCGACGGAUUGUAUCAAUCGGCGGUUUCAUUUUUCUUUCCUUAUUUGCUAUUCUACAAAUCGUUCCAAAACAUGCAAGGAUUGGCUGUGGAUCAUAGAUUCUGGAUAGGAGUAUUGGUGGCAUGUGUAUCAGUUACGGCAUGUAACUUUUAUGUGUUGCUUCAACAGUACAGAUGGGACUGGCUCACUCUCUUGAUCGAUGCUAUAUCUAUCCUUCUUGUAUACUUCUGGUCAGGAGUAUGGAGUUCCAGAGUGUAUGCUGGAGAGUUCUAUAAGGCAGGUGCUCAAGUGUUGGGAACGCUUGCAUGUUGGUGUGUUGUUUUUGUCGGAGUAGUUGUAUGUUUGCUCCCAAGAUUCACUCACGACUUCUUGAAGCGUAACUUCAAGCCACGGGAUAUCGAUAUCAUUCGAGAGAGAGCCAGACAUGGGGCCUACGAGGAAUACUUUGAAGGUUACGACCCUACAUCGUAUGAGGAUGUUGAGAGAUUAAGAGUCUUGAAAGCGGUCAUGGAGCGUCCUGAGAUGCUUGAUAAGAUUGACCUCGAACAGCCAGACAGCGCUGGAUUUGCUGAAAGCCAUGAGCAUGACUCUCCAUUGGCAAAGACCUUCCACUCCAUUAAAAGAAGAGCUACUGUAUCCAGAUCUCGAAAGAAUACCGUCUCACGGUCCAGAAGAGAUACUGUUAAUGCCUAUUUGAAGCAGCCAAUGAAUUUGGAGCAAUUGAGACAGGAGAUGAUCAGAACUGGCGAAUACCGCUCGUCAAGAAAUUCCUUGGAACGUAUAACAACGACACAUGAAUUGCCAGGAUUAACUCGAGCUGAGACCUUACUUUCGUACCACACGAGGAACAGCAUCAACCUCGACCGUAACGCUGUAUAA